AAAAAACCCUAUAGCUAGUGUUCGCCGCUCCUCUCGCGCACAACUUUUCCCUCUCGUGGUGAUUCUCCCUCUCGCAGCGAUCUAGCAGCGCUCCUCUCGCGGCGAUCCUCCCUCUUGCGCACAGCUUUUCCCUCUCGCGGCGUUCCUCCCUCUCGCGCCGCUCCUCUCGCGCAGAGUAUUUGAUUUCAUUGCUUCUCCUUGGAUACCAGAGAGGAUAACUAGUUCCAUCAGAGAAAUGAAGAUUAAUAUUUUUCUUGGCUGUGCAGCCUAUCAGUCCAUUAGGAACUAGUUGUCAAGAAUCGAGAGGUCACAAACUUGAGUUGUGAAAUGAGCCAUUAUGUAGGUUGAACAAACACUAGAUCAAUGCCGAAAUUUGGAGGAAGAUUUGAUACUUCUUUAUGGAGUAUAUUGAAGCAGUGGAGAAUCAUAUGCCACAAGUUAUUGUGAUUGAUGAAAUUGGAACUAAACUUGAAGCAAUAGCUGCUAGCACCAUCGCCCAACGUGGUAUCCAGCUUGCUGCCACUGCCCAUGGAGUAACAAUAGAGAAUUUGAUAAUGAAUCCUUCCUUGGAGAUGCUUGUGGGAGGAAUACAAAGUGUUACACUAGGUGACAAGAAGCAAGCAGAAGAGGUAUCCAAAAGACUGUUCUGGAGCACAAAGGACCCUCAACAUUUUCAUGUGCUGCGGAGAUUGUCUCAAAGAUUGAAGUACGAGUACAUCAUAGUCAAGAAGCCACAGUAGAUGCACUUCUUGCAGAAUCUCAAAGCCUCUUCUCGAUCGAAUGAAAUAUGGUGCUUCUCGACUCAAGAAUUUCAAGAAAGCAAAGACAGCAAAGAAUGCAAAUUCCCGGAAUAAUGCUAGUCCAGAUUAUCAUAGUGAUAGACGUUUGUUUGGUGAUGAAUGCGCAUUUUGCCAUUCGUUUCGAAUUACAAAGGUGAUGUAUAUGUGAAGUAUUGUCCUUCCCCUUUGUACUCAGGUUAAAUUUUAGUUAAUUCAUGGUGUUAUUCUGAUCCUUUGAGAUAGUAAUUGUUUUUGCAGUGGAUAUUCUGCAACAAUAUUUUUUUUUUACAAAUUGGCAUUUGCAGGCUUCUAGACCUAUGUAUUGCUACAAAGAUGGAAAACUCACUGCAUUGGAGGAAGCAAACCAACCUGAUGGAAUAUAUGUUCAUGAAAAGUGUGUUGUAUGGCAAGUUAUUUCUUCUAUAGAUGUUUCAGAAUUAUAGGAUUUCAAAGUAAUUGCGUAUGAUGAUUUAUUUUCUAGCUUGUCACAUUCUUUCCACUAAUUGUUACAUCGCCAGUUAAAUCCAUAUCUAGUGUUUAUUCUUGUGCCUUUAGCAAUUCCUUCUUAUAAUUUGGAGUUCUGGAGCUUAGAUGGUUUAUGCUUCUUCCUUACUGAUCCUUUUUCUGUUUGGUGAUUG